AAACUGCACACACACUUGCAUUUGUAUUGUAUUCAUUCAUUCGUGGUCCGUUGAACAAAUUAUUCCAUCAAGAUGAAGCUGUUGUCUGUUGUCGUUGCUUUUGGCUUAGUGUCCGUCGCCAUUGCCGGUACGACCAUUAGCCGCAAAGUGUACUCACAAAAUACAGGACAAUACAAACGCUCGUUAUCCAUUGAAUCAAACUCUCAGGAAAACUAUGUCCAGGUCAACAGCAAUGCCGAAAACGAUGCUGCCAACAUAAUCGGACACAAUAUUGCCAAGAAAGUCGCGAAGAUCAACGCUAUUGUCGCAAAGUACACCAACCGAAACGGUUUGCUCGAAUGCCAACAGAGCCAACAGUCUGCGGCCUUAAAACAAAUGAUCAUGCCCAUGCCAAACCAUCAGUACUUGAACAUGAACGAAAAUAAAAUCAACGGUCUCGAUGCAGGAAUCAUCAAGAACAUCGAAAUGGACACAGUAGCAAACAACUUGGCAGUCGACUACAUGUUCAACAAGUUGAUAGCCGAAGGCAACAUGAAGAUGCCCGGUGGUAACAACGAACCGUUCAACGUGAAAUUCACCAACGGUAGCGGCCUCGUUUCAAUUGAACUGAACAACAGCAACCAAAACAUUGCUGUAUUCCAAACGGAACACGCGGAAAUGAACUUUUCUCGAGAUCAAAAAAUGCAAUUGUCGAUCGCAAACGCUGGAUCCAGGUACAUGCAGUUCUUGGAGAGAUCUAUCGAAAACGAAAUGAUCAAAAUCACCAACGAAGGCGUCGUCGGAUGUCUAAAGAAUGAAGCCCAAUCAGCAUUCAACAUGCCUUUGGGUCCCAACAACGGCAUGCAAAUCGUCGACAAGGACACCGGCCUCGAGGUUUCGAUGGUCAACGCCCAAAACUGGAACGAAGCGGAAUCCAAAGAGUCCAGAGUGGUCAAGUCCGUGUCCGUGCGCCAAAUCGAAUCCGGAAACGGUAUGAGAGUGAUGGUCAACAUUGUCUUGUCCAGGCAGCCCACUUGGACUUCCGACAUCUUGGUCAACAAACAACAACGAUCCGCCAACUUCAAGAACGUCAACUUCCAAGCCAACGACAUCGUGGCCACCGCCGUUUUGGAGAACAUCGUCCAAAUCAACGGAGACAAACAAUUCAACGUUGCUUACGUUAAAGUCAAUUUCAACGGUCUUAAAUUCAACAUCGCCGACAAUCAGGAUUUGGCAAUGGACGUUCAACAGAACCUCAACAAAAUGAUGGAAAACAACAUGGCCGUUGUCAUCAAACAGCAAUUGAUUCAACAAAAUCAGGUCUGCCAAAGUUCUCAAGACGAGUGUGCCAAGUGUGCCAACCAAAUGCCGUCAUUGGCGAUGAGAUCGACUGUCGUGGUGUAAUUUGUUUACAAUACAAAUAAACUGAAUCCGUGAUAAAAUAUACAAAUUCGUUUUAAUCA